CUAUGGCAUCUGGAGUUACAGUGAAUGAUGAAGUCAUCAAAGUUUUUAAUGAUAUGAAAGUAAGGAAAUCUUCUACACAAGAGGAGAUCAAAAAAAGAAAGAAAGCAGUUCUCUUCUGUUUAAGCGAUGACAAAAGACAAAUAAUUGUAGAGGAAGCAAAGCAGAUCUUGGUGGGUGACAUUGGUGAUACUGUAGAGGACCCCUACACAUCUUUUGUGAAGUUGCUACCUCUGAAUGAUUGCCGAUAUGCUUUGUACGAUGCCACAUACGAAACAAAAGAGUCUAAGAAAGAAGACCUAGUAUUUAUAUUCUGGGCUCCUGAAAGUGCACCCUUAAAAAGCAAGAUGAUUUAUGCUAGCUCUAAAGAUGCCAUUAAAAAGAAAUUUACAGGUAUUAAACACGAGUGGCAAGUAAAUGGCUUGGAUGAUAUUAAGGACCAGUCAACACUUGGAGAGAAAUUGGGAGGCAAUAUAGUAGUUUCACUUGAAGGAAAACCGUUAUAAUGUGACCAUCAAGUGCCAUCUGGAUCUUAAGGGGGUUUCAUUUCUCCAGCUCAGUCCAUUGGAAUAGCAUUAGGUGUUUUUUUGUUUUUGUUUUUUCCCUUUCCACUGGGCCCUUCCAACACAGUGAAUGAAGGAGAUAUCAUUCAUUUAAGCAGCCUGUCAGUGAUUGCCAUUAGACUCUAAUAUGGUUACUUUUAUGUAGAACCCAAGGAAUGCCUUCCUAUCUUAUUUUAGCCAAAACAACUGGUUAUAUGCCUCCCUUGCAGCAAGCCCUAAAAUGAGUGUGAUUGUUGAUGUGA